UAAUAUUUUGUCAAUUUAUGCAAACGUCAAUGAAAUCAAAAAUCAAAUAAUAAACAACAUUGCAUUUCAAACUUUAUCAAGAUUUAAGAUUUUUAGAUAUUAAAAAUGUCCGGGGAAGACUGUGAAUCGCUUGAUAAAGGCGAUAGUGAUGGACAAAAGCCGGACAAAAUGUUUACAUUGAAGAAAUGGAAUGCAGUGGCGAUGUGGAGCUGGGAUGUUGAAUGUGAUACCUGUGCUAUUUGCCGCGUUCAAGUCAUGGAUGCCUGCCUGAGAUGCCAGGGCGAAAGCAAGAAGGACUCGUACGGCAAACAAGACUGCGUGGUAGUAUGGGGCGAGUGUAACCACAGCUUCCACUUCUGCUGUAUGUCUCUCUGGGUGAAGCAGAACAAUCGGUGUCCUCUGUGCCAACAAGAGUGGUCGAUACAACGUAUGGGCAAGUAGAAGUAUUUCGCCAGUUUCCAUCUAGCAAUAUUUGGAUCACAUAACCUCCUAGAAGUUAAGUUGGUUGGUACUGUGUAUAUAAUUAAUUAAUGUAUGCUGUAUUCGUAAAUAAAGGCUUUUAUUUAAA